UCAUCAAUUUACAUGUGCUAAUGGCCGAUGUAUACCAGCAUCAUAUGUAUGUAAUUUACAUAAUGAUUGUGGUGAUAAUAGUGAUGAAAAUGCAUAUUUUUGUCGUAAACAUACAUGGAAAAUUGUUAUUAUUGCGUUAGUUAGUUUAUUAUUAAUUGGUAUGCUUACUUUUGGUUUAAUUCAAUUGAAACGUAAAGGAAAAUUACAAUCGAUUCCAACUCCACAAUUACCACGAAAUAUUCAAACAAUAAUGAAUAAUAUGCGUAAUUUUAUUACACGUUCAACAGAUAAUAUAAAUCCAGUUCAAGUUCAAGAUGCUCGAUCUACUACAGCAACAGGCCAGACAACAACUGAAUCAUCAGCAGUAUUUCCUAAUCCAAUGUAUGGUGCAGCAACAACAGCAUCUAAUCAACCAGCUCGAUUGGUGACAUCAUCUGACGAAUCGGCUAAAUUAUAUAUGGAAGUUCCACCGCCUCUAUCAAAACCAAGUCGAAAAGCUACUCUUGCAUCUCCUCUUCGUCAACAAGUACAUUUUUAUCCUCAAAGCAAAGAAACUGAUCAUGAUAAGGCUAAUUUGGUUGUACGAAGUGGUAGCAACGAUGCAUAA